AUGGCUCCUCAACAUCAUAAAGUUGUUAUCGUCGGCUCGGGUCCUGCCGGCCACACCGCUGCCAUCUACCUUGCACGCGCACAAAUGAGCCCUAUCAUGUUCGAGGGCAUGAUGGCCAACGGCUUUGCUCCCGGCGGCCAGUUGACGACGACGACCGACGUUGAAAACUUCCCCGGUUUCCCUGAAGGUGUCAUGGGCGGUGACCUGAUGGACAAGAUGCGUGCCCAGUCGGAACGUUGCGGCACCGUAAUUGAGACCGAAACUAUCACCAAAUUGGAUUGCCAGUCGCGACCCUUCAAGCUGUGGCGCGAAGGUGCCGAAGAUGGCGAGCCCACCGAUACCGCUGAUGCCGUUGUCUUUGCUACCGGCGCUUCUGCUCGUCGUAUGAACUUGCCCGGUGAGGACAAGUACUGGCAGAACGGUAUCUCUGCAUGCGCCGUCUGUGAUGGUGCUGUCCCCAUUUUCCGCAACAAGCCUCUUGUCGUCAUUGGUGGUGGUGACAGUGCUGCUGAAGAAGCCAUCUAUUUGACCAAGUACGGCUCGCACGUCAAUGUCUUUGUCCGCCGUGACGUCCUUCGCGCCUCCAAGGUUAUGGCCAACCGCUUGUUGAAGCACCCCAAGGUCACUGUCCACUUCAACACCGUUGCCACCGAAUGCAAGGGUGACGGCAGCUUGUUGACCUCGCUCAGCACCAAGAACACCAAGACUGGUGAGACUAGUGAGAUUGAAGCCAACGGUCUGUUCUAUGCUAUUGGCCACGAUCCCGCAACGGCUCUUGUCAAGGGCCAGGUGGAUUUGGAUGAUGAGGAUUAUAUCAAGACUGUGCCCGGUUCUUCUGAGACCAGCGUCAAGGGUCUCUUUGCUGCCGGUGAUGUUCAGGACAAGCGAUAUCGCCAGGCUAUCACCAGCGCUGGCUCUGGUUGUAUGGCUGCUCUGGACGCUGAACGGUACUUGACUGAGCUCGAGGAAGAGGAAGCUUAA